UUUCAGUAUCUAGAGCCCCAUCAUAACACUUACCCCACCCGGCCACCCCCCAUUCACCCCUAGCUACUCUUCAAACUAAGACAACCAGGUACCUUUGUAUAAACAAUUAACUAUAGGGUAUGUUUGACACAAGUAGAUGAAAAUAUAUUUCUAUAAGUUUUUUAAUAACUUUUAGCUUUUAACGACUCAAAAGUUCUUAAAAGGAAAAAUUAGUAGUUGUUGAUAAAAAGCUGAUUGUUUGAUUUAGUUUUAGGCUAUGUUUGGCUGACAUAAGUCUAUAGCUUUUGGCUUUUGUACUAUUUAAAAAGUCUCUAAAAGUUGUUAGUUGUUUGUUUGGCACGCCAAUUUUUAAGAGCUUUUCAAAAAAUAAAAACUCUUUUUUGAGAUGCUACAGGUAGUAGCAUCUGAGAAAAGUCUGUGACUUUUAGCUUUAAUAAAUCCUAACAGCUUGUAUGCCAAACAGAACUAAAUCAAACAGUCAGCUUUUCACCAAACAGCUACCACCUUUUACUUUUAAGUUCUUUUCAGUCAUUAAAAGCUAACAGUUACUAAAAAGCUCACAAAAAGAUCUUUUCAGCUAAUUGUACCAAACAUAGCCUUAUUUGAUAUACAAGCUUUUAGGAGACUAAUUAAUGCUGAAAGCUACAGACGUUUCUCACAUGUUACUCACUGUAGCAUCUUAAAAAAAUCUUUUAUUUUUAAAAAAACUCUUAAAAUUUGGCUUGUCAAACAUACAACUAGAAACUUUUAAAGACUUUUUAAAUAGUAUAAAAGUUAGAAGGUAAUGACUUGUCCUACCAAAUAUGCUCUUAGUAAUACCAAAGAUUAUUCCUAAUGCUUGUAAAUAUGGCCCCUAUCAUGCCCCUAUUCUUGGAAACUCUACUUAUGAUGCUUGGGUUCCUGAUGCUACACCCUCUAUUAAGCAUACUGAUGUCCCAAAGAUUUCACCAAUUGCUUGUAAUUUGGGCCCUAUUCUAACUGGUGCCCCUAGUGCUGGAAAAGUUGCACCCUCUAUUAAGCUUGCUUUUAACGCGGCCGAACCUCUGGUGGCUACCCGUUCCGUGGCGGUAAUCGCGGGUGUUCAUCAAUUGGUUACCAGUGAUGAUGAUGCCAAUGACUCUUAUGAGGAGCGAACAUGAAUGAUGAGAUCAUCUUUGAUCCUACACUUGAGAAUUCAUUUACUACACUUGCUACAAUAUUGUCCAGUGAUGCGAUUCCUUUUUAGGGAAGACAAGUUCUAACCUUUUCUGUUUCAGGUCAUUCAGAUUAUCCCCCAAUUGAAGAGGAACUCCUCGACGGGUAGAAAUAAGAAAAGACGUACAGAAACACGAACUCAAUAAACACAUCAAAUGAAGUUAAAGAAGAUGUUGGAAAUAUGCCCUAGGACAAUCAUAGUUUAUGAUUUAUCAAUAAAUAUUUAAUGCUCAUUAAUUAAUAAAGUCACAAACUCAUUUUAUGUUAAUUAUUAUUGUGAGUUUUCUUUAUUAAUAUUUAAGUCCCUG